AUGAUCAAAUUAUUGGAACUUGCUUUGAGCUUUGUUGGAUCGGUGGUAGCCUUCGGCAUCAAUGUUUUGGAUAUUCUCGUGUAUUAUCUUUUAAAAUUCACGAUUGGUUUGAAUUGGGCCACUCAUGAUCUUCGGGAAGUAUUUAAAAACGUAAAAUCCUAUAGUGUUGAAGUGGAUGAUGGUUCGUAUGAUCCAAAAACCGAAACCAAACCAAGAAGAGCAUUAGAAAGUGCUGAAGGUUUGGCUUACACUCCCAUUGAAGGAGUGAAUACGAUGAAGCAAUUAUUGGCCAAAGUCGUUGCCGAUAACAAGGACAAGCCUUGUUUGGGCUAUCGACCAGCCAUCCGCAAAAUCGUUGAAAAGAAAGAAGGCCAUGAUUGGGAAAUUAUUGAAUUCUCUGAUUUGACCUAUGAAAGUUACGACAAGAUUUACUCUCGCAUCAAGAACUUUGGUGCCGGUCUUGCUCGAGUCACUGGUUUGAAUUCACAUCAUUUGUUCGGAAUUUAUGAAGACACCCGAAAGGAAUGGUUAAUGUGUCUUCAUGGUUGUUAUCAAUACAAUAUGGUGGUUAUGACUUGUUAUGCUAGUUUAGGUGAUGAAUCCUUGUGUGCUGCCAUCAAUGAAACUGAGUUGACUGCCAUGCUUGUCAAUGAGAAGAAUCUCGCUAAAAUGGCCAAUGUUAUUGUUCCGAAAUGUCCAACUUUGAAGAAUAUCAUCUAUACCAAGGCGAUUGUGUCCGAUGAGAAUGAAAAAAAGAAGACAAAGGAUGCAGUAGAAGCUCUCGAGAAGAAGGGAUUAAAGGUUUUGCCUUUUGAGGAAGUUGAACAAAUUGGUGAAUCUGACUACAAGAGUAAUAGUGUAAUUCCAGUCAAGGAAGAAGCAACUGUUAAUUCUCUUGCUCUAAUCAUGUAUACAAGUGGAACAACUGCUCAACCAAAGGGAGUGAUGAUCACACACAAGAACAUUCUUUCAAUUAUUGCUGGAGCUGAUCAAAAAAUUGGAGACGAUCCAAAUAUUGAGUACAAAUAUCUUGCUUAUUUACCACUCGCUCACAUUUUGGAAAUGGCUGCUGAGCAUGUCACUUUAAGUGACAGAGGUGCCAAACCAAAGGGUGACAUUGAAGUUGUUGCACCAACAGUUUUGGCAGGUGUUCCAAGAGUUUUUGACACCAUCAAGAAGGGCGCUUUUGAGAAGAUUAAAUCAUCUCCUCCAUUUGUACAAUGGCUUUUCCACAAUGCUUACAAUUACAAAUUGGAUGCAAUUAGACACGGAAGAGAAUCUCCAAUAUGGAACUUUUUGGUUUUCAACAAGUUUAAAAAGCUCGUAGGAGGUAAAUUAGCUUUAAUUCUUUCAGGAGGUGCUGCUCUCUCAAAGGAGACUCAUGAAUUUUUACGUGUAUGCAUGUCCUGUUCAGUAAUUCAAGGAUAUGGUUUGACUGAAACAUCCGCUGGUGGUUGUAUCCAAUAUGGUUAUCAACCAUUCACUCCAAAGAACCUUGGGUCUCCAAUUAUUACAUGCCAAAUCAAAUUAAUCUCUGUUCCUGAAAUGGGAUAUACCAUCCAUGAUGAAGAACCUCGUGGUGAAAUUGCCAUUAAGGGUAACAAUGUUUCUCUCGGUUAUUACAAGCAAGAUCAACUUACCAAAGAGGCCUACACAUCAGAUGGAUAUUUCCUUACAGGUGACAUUGGUGUUCUACAUAAGGAUGGUACUUUCAGCAUUGUGGAUCGUAAAAAGAAUUUGACCAAACUCGUCAAUGGUGAAUACAUUGCUCUUGAAAAAUUAGAAAGUGUUUAUGGUAAUUGUCCAUUUGUUUCUCCAAAUGGAAUUAUGGUGUAUGGUGAUUCAGAUAGAGACUAUCCUGUGGCUCUCAUUUUGGUCCAACCAGGAUACACAAAACAAUGGGCUCAUGAACAAGGUAUUCAAGGAGAUUUGAAUCAAAUUAUUAAGGAACCAAGACUAAUCAAAGCAGUGGCAGCCUCGCUAAAAGAAGAAGCUAAGAAAAACAACCUUCAAAGAAUGGAGGAAAUCAAACAUUUCAAAUUAUUGCUUGAUGAGUGGACUCCUGAAAAUGAAUUGUUGACCGCUGCUAUGAAAUUGAAACGUUCCAACAUUGUGAAACGAUACAAGACAGAAAUUGAGGAAAUGUAUGCCACUAGACCAUGA